GUUGCUGCUAUGUCACCAACACAUAUUUAUCUAGCUACAUUUGUUUGCUGCACAUUUUUCUUAAUGAUUCAUGCUGGAACAUGGUUAUCAUUCAAACUAUUUACAGAUCAAAAAGCAGAGAGUCCCAGCUUUUUGAUACCAUAUCUAAUCACUGAUAAAGAUUUAACAAAUGUUAUGAAAAUGUGCAAGGAAAGAACUCUACAAGGUCGAAUUAUGACCAUAUAUAUUUUUGAAAAUUCUAGAAAAAAAAGACUUAACAGAAGUGAAUUUGUAAAAGUGAACAAAUUGAACCCAAAUAGUAGAAAUACACAAAACGUGAUAUUACGAUCAGAACGAAGUUUCGUCGAAAUAUGUGAUGCACUAUCGGAUCUCAUUUCCUGA